AUGGCCACAUUCAUGCUCGCCGUUCUCGACAACCCGCGCCCAAUGGCGCCUGCCUUCGUCACAACGGCUCAGAGAGAAGAGAAGAGAGAAAGGGAGGGAAUUGGUGAGGUUUUUCGGGAUACUGCAUCGAUUCGUCGCGACGUCUGGCGACACUCUCUCGUCGUCGGCUCGUCGACUGCGCAUCUCAUGCCAACGUUUUGCCAUCGACGGCGUUUUUCAUCCUCGUCGUGCUCCAUCUUCUGA